AUGCUACCAACUCUUACCGGGAAUUUGCCAACUUGCGACAUUAGCGCACUAACACAACAAGCUUUUUCUGAUCUCAUCCUGGCAGAUAAAAGGUUUUAUGUAAAUGAGCAAGUCGAUCUUGUCUUGGGAGAGGACAUAUAUCCCCAUAUAAUCUUGAGUGGCAUUAAGAAGAAUGUUCUUAGUACCCUUCUGGCACAAGAAACAGUGUUCGGUUGGAUACUGACUGGUCGUGCUGAUGCAGUCAACUCAACCAACGAUAAUAGAGUAUCGUUCUUCAAUGAAGUGGCCCUAGACAAACAGCUAAGCUCUUUUUGGGAACUUGAGGAUCUUCCACGAGAUAAAACUGCAACAGCUGAGGAAGCAAAGUGCGAGGAGCUUUACAAGCGUACAACACAGCGGAAUCCAGAUGGGAGGUACAUCGUGUCGCUUCCUUUCAAGGCGGAGUUCCCGGCUGAUAUAAACUUAGGGCCAUCACUCAAAAUCGCGUUUUCUCAAUUUUACAAGAACGAAACUCGACUUAGAAAAAAUCCAGACUUACAGAGGGAAUAUAACAAAGUCAUAAUGGAAUACGAGACAAUGGGCCAUAUGUCUAAAGUUAAUGCAAUUCAGUCAGCAGAUGCAGUCGACAGUUACUAUUUACCACAUCACGCUGUGGUAAAAGAAGAGAGUACUACGACAAAGGUUCGGGUGGUUUUCAAUGCUUCGUCGUCUUCAGCCAAUGGUGUCAGCCUGAACGAUAUUCUUCUUCCAGGGCCAGUGCUUCAGUCUGAUUUACCAGUGUUGAUUCUCCGCUGGAGACUUUUUAGAUACGUCUUCAAUAGCGAUAUUGAGAAGAUGUAUAGGCAAAUUCUUGUAGACGCCAACCAAACGAAGUACCAACGAAUAAUUUUCCGUACGUGUCCAAACGAACCAAUUAGUAUUUACGAACUAAAGACGGUUACUUUCGGUAUAAAUUGUGCUCCUUAUCUCGCGAUAAGGACAUUGCUCCAGCUAGCUGAUGACUCAGAAAGCCUCUAUCCUAUAGCCUCGAACAUUUUACGAAAAAAUAUGUAUGUCGACGACGUUCUUGCCGGAAGACAUACUAUUGACUNAGGAAGCAAAGUGCGAGGAGCUUUACAAGCGUACAACACAGCGGAAUCCAGAUGGGAGGUACAUCGUGUCGCUUCCUUUCAAGGCGGAGUUCCCUGCUGA